AUGAACUUUACUCCCAACAGCCCAGCAGGAAGCAGACCCCCGCUCCCAACCGCUGGACGACCCUCUCCUGGGAGGGCCGGACCCCCACCUGUCCCGAACUCAUCACGCUCACCCCAGCACAGCUCUCCUAGCGGCCCACCACCUCUACCUGGAGCUCGACCGUCAAGUUCCUCACCUUCUGUUCCAGCCCCUAACCAGCCGGGCAGACGUCCAAGCCUUCCUCAUCCCCCGAGGGAGUCCCAGUCUUCCUUCCCUCCAGCCCCAAUGCCCGCAAGUGCCCGGCCGCCAUUACCCACAAUCCCUAGCAGGCCCUCAGAUGACUUCCCGCCCCCUCCACCACCCACUGGAGGAAGCAGAGCAUCAUUUUCUCGAGAUGGACCCCUACCACCACCACCACCAUCAACUGAGAGUAAACCAUUAAGUUCUCAGAGGCCUAUGGGUAAUCCGCCUCCAUCCUUACCUCCAGGAAGAGGAGGAGGGGUCCCACCCAUCCCACCAUCCCCACGGGACGAGCCCAACACUAGAGGCCCUUCGAGAAACAGCCUUCCUCCUCCACCACCGCCUGGACGCUCCAGCCCACUGCCACCACCACCCAAUCCAUCAGGAAGGAGCCCAUCCAUACGGUCAGGUCCUCUACCACCUCCACCCACUGGAGGAGGAGGAGGCAGAGGAGUGUCUCCCCCCUUACCUCCUCCUAAUCGUCCCGGUGGAUCAGGCAGACCCACUCUACCCCCAGACCCAACCAGAGUGCCCAGCUUCCCUCCACCACCCCCCGACACCAUCAAUGGCUACCAGUGCCCUCCACCACCUGCCACAGAUGAGUGGGGGAUGAGGUUUUCCUUCCAUCCUCUGACUGAAUUACCUCCACCAGAGCCGUUCGUCUCCUUCUCCAAGUCUUAUCCCAGCAAAUCUGGCGGCAAAGGAAUGAGAGACAGAGGAGCGCCACCCUUGCCACCAAUUCCCAGAUGAAACGCUUUGACGUUAUAUAGUGUGAGCUGGAUUUUCAACUGCUGAAUGAGACUCAGGAACUCAUUUGUGAAAAUAUGAAUGCUUUUAACUUUUCAGUUACAUUUUUUGAAUUGCUUUUUCAUGCAUUUUAAUCUUUUGGGGGGGAUUUCAAAUCAUAGUAAAAAUGCAUGUCCAGAUAUGGCGAUUAAAGUGCAUUCUGUCAUCAUCUGAGAAAGUUUGUUUUAAUAAUUUACAUAGAAUCAUGUUAUUCUACACAUUCCCCUAUCCUGCAAAUUAUAUGUGACCCUGGAGCACAAAACCAGUCUUAAGUCGCUGGGGUAUAUUUGUAG